AUGCCCGAAGAUAAAGAUGUGGCCGACUCUGCCUCGCGCUUUGAGCGCAUGAACGUCGGCUCUCCUAGACCCAUAGCAUUCGACGGGUCUCAUCUGCCACCAAUUUCUACAUCACAGGGCCAUUUGAGUAGCGACAUCCAGGCCCGAAUCAUGGCAUUCCAGCAAAAACGCCAAAACAUUCCUUUGAAAGACCCUCCUACCAAGUCGUUGCCUCCUCUUCCAGCUUCUUCCGAUAGUAUUCCAUCACAAUUGCUUUCGUCUCCUCCAAUCGAGUCGACCGUGAUGACUCCAACUUCUGAAGUUCGUACGCCGCUUUCGCCCACGCUACAGGCCCAUAAGGCCAGCUUUGAAUUAUCUAAGAAGCCCUCAUUGUCACAAAGACGUGGAAUGAAGUUGAAUAUGAAAGACAUGGGUGGAGUGGUGGAUCCCAUGAACCUGACAGGAGAACUUGCACGUCGACUUUCCGAACGAAAAAACAGGCCAGACUUCAAGUUGAAUUUGUCUGACACCCCGAACUCGAGUGGUGCCAGCUCCAUGGAUGCGCCAGUGUCGGAUGCCAGCAAUGAUUCUCCCAAUCCUGCUACGCCCAAGUUACAAGGAUUGUUUGCAAAUUAUUCCAAGUACGUGGAUAUCAAGUCGGGCUCGCUUAAUUUUGCUGGCAAGGCUUCUUUGCAUUCGGAGGGUGUCAAUUUCUCCUCGGGGUCGUCGUUCCAUAUCUCCUUGGAUGAGUUGCAAUUCAUUGAAGAGUUGGGCAGAGGAAACUACGGAACAGUUUCCAAGGUCUUGCACAAGCCUACGGGUGUUUUGAUGGCAAUGAAGGAAGUUCGCUUGGAGUUAGAAGAGACAAAGUUUGCCCAGAUUCUCAUGGAGCUUGAAGUGUUGCAUAAAUGUGACUCACCAUACAUUGUGGAUUUCUAUGGUGCCUUCUUCGUCGAAGGCGCCGUUUACAUGUGCAUGGAAUACAUGGAUGGUGGCUCCUUAGAUAAAAUUUAUGGCGACGGUAUUCACGACGAGGCCUGUCUCGCCUACAUUGCGGAGUGUGUUAUUCGGGGCUUGAAACAGUUGAAAGACCAACACAAUAUCAUCCACCGUGACGUCAAACCUACGAAUAUUUUGGUCAACACUCUUGGCAAGGUCAAAUUAUGUGAUUUUGGAGUAAGUGGUAACUUGGUUGCUUCUUUAGCCAAAACCAACAUUGGUUGUCAGUCAUACAUGGCUCCCGAACGAAUCAAAACGAAAAAUCCUGAUGACGCAACUUACUCUGUCCAGUCAGAUAUAUGGUCGUUGGGGUUGACCCUCUUGGAGGUUGCUGCUGGAAGAUAUCCCUACCCCCCGGAAACAUUUGAUAACAUUUUUUCACAACUUAAAGCAAUUGUUGAUGGGGAGCCUCCUCGCUUGGAUGAGAAAAUUUUUUCCAAACCGGCCCAACAGUUCGUCAGGUCUUGCUUGAACAAAAAUGCGGACUUCCGGCCCCUGUAUGAUUUGCUUUUACAAUCACCUUGGCUUCAGGAGUUUAAGGGCGUGGAUCCUCACAUGGCUGAGGUGGUGACAAAGCAGUUGGAGGCGAUCAAGAACGAUGCUCCCAAAGGUUCGAGGAGCUCUGCUUCUUCUAACGUGGCAAUUGCCGGUAUGGCCAAGGGCAGAGAGAAUGUACAAUCCUUACUUAAGGGGAAAGUUAUUGCCCCUGCAUUACACAGAGGAGGUUUGCCCAAUCAGAGACUUCCUCGAUAA